AUGCACAAAUUCAAAGAGUUUAUUGAUGAUAUAACAAACUGCAACAUCACAGAUACUGACCCAUUCAUCAAUAGCAUUUAUAGAGUAUUGAAUAGCGGAUGUGAACAUGCAAUACAUGAGCUUUCAAAGUAUCUUGAUGCAGAUAAUUUUCCUAACAUGCAGAUAUACUUGUCAUUCAUUCCUAAAUACAAUUCAAAUCUACAGCUACCAUCUGAGCAUCAAAUAACCAGGUUCUGGCUAAUCAGAUUCAAAUGCCUACAGCAAUGUGAUUUAUUUAAUGCAAAAAAAUUCAAAAGAACAUCUGGGAUUGAUAUAACACAUGGUUUGAAUCAACAAGAUCAUGACAGUGCCUAUGAAAAUGCAAUAUGUGAAUUCACACAAUAUGAAGUCGAUAACCAAGUGCUUGAUACACUGGAAGGCCAACUACGCCUGAUCAACCAAGUUCGCAAGAUAUACAGGAUGACAUCCCAAGGAUCACAUAGGACAAAGAAGCAACGAGAAUGCAAAUUACACGGAUCGUUAUAUUUUCAGCACAGAAAUUCAGGUACAGGCACUGAUGCAUUCUCAUCACUAUUCUCUCCGGUAAACACAGUAGAUGAGAUUCUUGUGCAGGAUACGUCUGUGUUUGCAUCAUCGACUUUUCCAAUUCUUGUGCUUCUACGAGCUGCAAGCAAUAUUUGUAAGAUAAUAUACAAGCAAGGAGAUGAUUUGACAACAGACAUGUUUGUUCUUGAGACAGUCAAGUAUUUUUCAAUGCUGCUGAACAUCCAGCUAGUGACAUAUACCGUUAUUCCAUUGAGUAGGACUGAAGGAUUAGUAGAGGUUGUUGAAGGACUUGAAUUUUCAAGAAUACACAGCUGUAGUAAGCUUGAAAAAUACAUUGGUACACACUCAGAUGUUUUUAUUGAGUCAUUAAGCACGUAUUCCGUUAUCUGCUAUGUAUUAGGUAUUGGCGAUAGAAACCCAGGCAACAUGAUGGUAACUGCAGAUGGAUCAUUUCUACACAUUGAUUUCAGCUAUGUGUUUGGGAAUGAUCCAAAGCCUUUUUGUGCAAAGAUCAGCAUCUGCAGACCAAUAUGUGAAUAUCUUAAGAAAGAUGCCAGAGCGUAUCAUGCAUUCAUUACAAACUCUGUUGAUGUGUUUGUGAAAAUAAGGCACUCUUAUGGUAGAAUCAUUGCGUUCUGGUGCUUACUAAUUAACAGUGGAAUAUUCAAACUGGAUUUGAACGAAGCAGUAAGAUUUGCAGCAGAAAGACUCAUGCUUGAUUACUCAACAGCUGAUGCAUCAAGGAUCUUUGAGCGAAAUUUAAAGAGUAGCAUCGGAUCGACCAGGACAUUGGUUGCACAUGCAAUCAACCGUAUUGCAACACUCCUCCGGAAAUAA